AUGUUGAACAGGAUAAGGGGGCUGGCCCCCAGAACCUCCCUUCUGCACGUGCCUGUGAAUGAUUUAACCUCAGCAUGGCACAAUACAACUUUUUGCUGCUUAUUCCCAACGACCCUGAGCCAUCAUUGUAACUCAAAUUCCCCGCGGUCGUUACAGGAGGCAUAUUGGACACUAAAUAAGGUUUACAUCAAGAGUAGAAAUGUUAUACCUUACACCGUUACUAAGCAUUGGAGGACACGAAAGGAUGUCCACUACCCAACACUGCAUGAUGUUAUACCCCAGGUGGCUGUUAGGGAAAUCAAGUCCAUGACUUACAAAAACAAAUCUACUGUCACUCAACAACACAAAAUUGAAGCGUCUGAAACAAUCACCAAAAAAUCAUCGUGGUCUGUGACCAACAAGUUAGAAGCAAACUUUCACUUUGGAAUAAGCGCAGGAAUCCCUGAGGUAGCAGAAGUCUCUUCUGGGUUUGGCUUCACUGUGGGAACUGAAAGCACACAUGGCUUAGAAGAAGAAAAAUCUCAUACUGAGACUCUGUCCUUCCCAGUUAAGGUUCCUGCUGGGAAGACUGUAAAUAUUGACAUCACGAUUGGUAAAGUUACAAUUGAUCUCCCCUACACUGCCAGAGUGGAAAUGACCUGUUACAAUAACAGUGUUCUGAGUUUUAACACCAAUGGAAUCUACAAGGGCCUUACUUACACAGAUGCAAAAGUGGUUACAAAAGAGAUUCCUUAACCUGUUCAGAAUUCAAA